GGUGAGAAUAAUAUAUAUUGAGCCAGCAAAAGCUUGUACGUAGCAUCUACUUAAUUUGCAACAAAGUUUUCACAGUUUCUAGCAGGAUCAUGUCAGAAGCUCCGUCAACGGAAGCAGUAGGGUCAUCGCCGAAUACCCAUGAAAAUUUGCAGGAGCAAUCCGGACAAAAAAGACAGGGGAUAAGGAAUCCACGGGGUCACCGUCAUCCAUUACCGCCUGGCCUGGGGACGCCAAUUAUAGCAAUCAUCAGUAGUCCGCCGGUGAAUAAUAUGUAUAUGCAUGAACCCAAUAACACCGCAGAUCACCCUCUACGACCACCAACACCAGCACAUCCCAAUUUCGUCCCAAAUCAUCAAAAUUUCAUUUCACCGAUGAUAAGAACGGACCUAGUUACCUAUGCCUCUCUGCAUCUUGCUGCUCUUAACGGUGACUGGAUUACUGCUUGGAAUCUGUUGAAAGAUAAUCCGGCAGCUGUGAGGGCAAAAAUCACAAAGGGUUCGGAAACUGCUCUUCACAUUGCUGCUGGGGCCAAACACACAAUGUUUGUGGAGGAGAUUGUUAAAUGGAUGAAUAAAGAAGACCUCGAAGUGAAGAAUGAUGUGGAAAACACCGCCCUUUAUUUUGCUGCUGUAUCUGGUGUAAAAAGGAUAGCUGAGGUAAUGGUGAAUAAGAAUGAAAGGUUACCCCGAAUCCGAGGUAGUAAAGGUUCAACACCUCUCCAUAUGGCUGCAUUGUUAGGCCAUAAGGAGAUGGUAUGGUAUCUUUACGAUAAGACUGAUACAAUAUUGAAAGACAAUGAUCGUGUGGAGCUUCUUAUUGCCGCCAUAACAUCAGAUCUUUACGAUGUAGCACUGCAUAUUAUCCAAAAGCACCCGGAAAUGGCUCUGGCCCGUGAUGAGAAUGGAGAGACUGCACUUCAUAUAAUGGCCCGAAAACCUUUAGCAUAUUGCAGUCGACAUCAGCUCGAAAUUUGGAAACGGUGCUUAUUUUCAGUCGCCAAUAUUAAGGUCACCUGCGAAAAAGGUAUCGUGCAUGAACUUGUGGAACAGCUGUGGAAUAAAGUACUGACAUUAGAAAUUGAUUCAAAGAUAAGCGAUUUUAUUCGAUCACCCUCUCGCUUACUGUUUAGUGCUGCCGAAUUAGGGAACAUUGACUUUUUGAUUAUACUUAUAAGAUCAUACCCUAAUCUUAUUUGGAAACUUGAUGAGCAAAAGCGAAGCAUAUUCCACACUGCAGUGGUUCACAGGCAGGAGAAAGUUUUCAACCUCAUUUAUGAAUUAGGUGGAAUAAAAGAUUUGAUAGCAUCUUAUAAAGAUGAUGACGAUAAUAAUAUGCUUCAUUUGGCUGCAAAGCUUGCACCUGCCAAUCGUCUGGAUGCUGAUACUGGAGCAGCAUUGCAAUUGAGAAGAGAGUUGCAUUGGUUUAAGGAAGUAGAGAAGAUUGUCCAACCAUUAUAUAGAGAAAUGAGGAACUCUGAUGGAAAAACACCUCAAGCUCUAUUCACUGAGGAACACAAGGAAUUAUUACGAGAAGGUGAAAAGUGGAUGAAAGGCACCGCAUCAUCAUGUAUGGUGGUUGCGACGCUCAUUGCCACUGUAAUGUUUGCUGUUUUCUCAACUGUUCCUGGUGGCUACAACAAUGCAACUGGUCUUCCAAUAUUCCUUAAAUCAAAGGUCUUCAUUGUUUUUGCCAUAUCAGAUGCAAUAUCACUCAUCUCCUCUGCUACUUCAAUCUUGAGUUUUCUAUCGAUACUUACAUCACGAUAUACUGAAGGAGAUUUCCUCCACUUAUUACCAAAACAAUUGAUUGUGGGGCUUGCAACACUUUUCAUCUCUAUAGCUACCAUGAUGAUCACAUUUGUUGCCUCUCUAGUUAUCGUACUUGGUCACGGGUUUAUAGGGAUAAAGGUUCCAAUAGCUUUGGUUGCUGGCAUUCCAGUUAGUCUUUAUGCUUUGCUUCAAUUUCCUCUUCUUGCCGAGAUGAUCAGUCAAGCAUAUCUUUCAAGGCUUUCUUUUCGUCGUAGUAACCUUCUGUUGCAGAAGUGAAUUUCUCA